AUGGGAGUGGUCAUAGGAGAUGGCUUAGGAGACUCACUAAUUCAAGUAUGCUGCUGCUGGCCAUGUAAUUUGUCCACUUCUUCCUUUCAGAACUCAGGAGCUCACGUGGCCAUCCUCCAAUGCUUCUCUCCCCGUUCUUCCAGCCUCCACUCACCCUUCUCUGGAGCCCAAGCAGACAGCAGUCACGGGGCUGGGGGCAACCCUUGUCCCAAAAGCCCAUGUGUACAGCAAAAGAUGGCUGGUUUACACUCUUCUGAUAAGGUGGGGCCAAAGUUUUCAAUUCCAUCCCCAACUUUUUCUAAGUCAAGUUCAGCAAUUUCAGAGGUAACACAGCCUCCAUCCUAUGAAGAUGCCGUAAAGCAGCAAAUGACCCGGAGUCAGCAGAUGGAUGAACUCCUGGACGUGCUUAUUGAAAGUGGAGAAAUGCCAGCAGACGCCAGAGAGGAUCACUCAUGUCUUCAAAAAGUCCCAAAGGUACCCAGAUCUUCCCAAAGUCCAACUGCUGUCCUCCCCAAGCCCUCAGCUUCCUUUGAACAAGCCUCUUCAGGCAGCCAGAUCCCCUUUGAUCCCUAUGCCACCGACAGUGAUGAGCAUCUUGAAGUCUUAGUAAAUUCCCAGAGCCCCCUAGGAAAGGUGAGUGAUGUCACCCUUCUAAAAAUUGGGAGCGAAGAACCUCAUUUUGAUGGGAUAAUGGAUGGAUUCUCUGGGAAGGCUGCAGAAGACCUCUUCAAUGCACAUGAGAUCUUGCCAGGCCCCCUCUCUCCGAUGCAGACACAGUUUUCACCCUCUUCUGUGGACAGCAGUGGACUGCAUUAA